AUGCCAGAACCGAAAAUAGCCUGCAUUGGUGUUAUUGGGAAGUCUCUAGAUUGGGCGGCGCUGAAACUGAUACAAUCAAAGGAUAACCCUCUGCAUAUGUCACUCUUUCCGCCGUAUUCCGAUUCUGGAAUUGAAUUCUCAUUUCUAUUGAACGCGUCUCUUGAUGUUUUUGAAAUACGCCAGAAACAAACUUCGAUUGACCAAGAUCUUGGUUUGUUGCAUGCGGUUGAUGAGCGGCUAGCAUCCUACGGGUGGUUAACAACCACUGGUGUUAAGUUCCUAAUAAUCAUCGAUUUGAUCGGGGGCCAGACCCCAUUUGGAAUCAACGAUGCACAUGGAAGCAUACGAUCUAGUUUCCGAGAAUCCGACCUUAAACCAGCCUUUCGAGCCUUGCAGACAGCCUAUAUACAGCUUCUCCAGAACCCAUUUUACUGUCCAGAUGAUCGGGUCACCAUGACGAAUGGCGCGAUCCAAACCUCAAAGCCGUCUCAUAUCAUAGACCAAAAAUUUAUUUCGGAAGUCAGCCGGAUUGGCAGCUUGUGGGCUACCGGAAUCACUAAUUUAUAAUACCGAUUGAUCCUUAAGGCAUUUACCUAGUUAUCCUUCUGCUACCAUACAGCUAAUUUUUAUCGCUGGGGGUCGUAAAAGCAAAACUAUAUCCAGGUAACCUCGUCCUCCUUUUCUUGUGGUCUUUUUAUCCAUAGAAGGGACCCAGUUUUGACAUAAGUUUUCAGUAUGGCAAUUAUAUUUCAGUACCGGGUUCAUGACUGACGGACUUCCAUGCCCUAUCUUCGAGAACAGCAGUGAGCGGUUCCUGCGUAUUCUGGCUAAGCUCUCGAGCAUGGACUAGGAGCCUGAUAUUCAGUAUCCACGACAUUUCCACACAUGCCUCGCUUCCCAGUAGGCGGCCAGAAAUAUUGUAUACGAUGCUGAACUAUAUCAAUUCGGUU